AUCCACCCAACUCUAGGAACUGACCGGUCCACUCCUCACUCACAGAAGAUUUGUGGACCUCGGGAUAAAACAGGAUUAUAAUACAAUUCAUCAAUACUUGUUAUCUUCACCUACUCUCCCCCCAUGUAAAAUAAUAUGAAGUUCCUGUGCAAACUAUAGUGAAUUUGACAUACAACCUUUAUAUCUGGUUUAAUUUCAAAUCAGGCCAUUCACGUUUGGGAACCAAAAAAUCCCGUCUAAUGUUGAGAGUUCUGUACAUAAAAACGAUGGGCGCAUGGCAAGUGGCUUAGUCAGCUCGGGGGAAAUCGAGGCUAAACUUGGCCGCGUUCUACACCUCAAGUUUAGACAGAGUGCAUCCCAUUCGUCCCCCCGAUUGGCCUCAACUUCCGUCUCCCCUCAACCCUGGUUAUAGAUGGCGCCCCCACAACGCGCACGCUCGCUCCCAAAAAGCGCCUUCUCGCCAGCGUUCGCGAAGCUCAAAACCUCGGUAUACACGGAUAAUCUACGCCCUGGAGCCCCCGUCUCCUCCUCGCACUUUAUACGUACAAUCUCUUGGAACGCAUCAGGCAGCUUUGUCGCGACCGGCUCUCUCGAUCGAACACUGCGCAUAUGGAAUCCAGAACGGACUAACGUGAAGAAUUCAACGGAGCUGCGAACCCCCGGUACACCAGGCACUGUGGCCUUGGAGCGCGUGGCCUUUCAUCCGAUCAAUGAGAAUGAGCUAGCGAGCUGUGGGACAGAUGGUAUGGUGAGGUUUUGGGAUGUACGAUCCAAAGCGAGCGUCGGCGAAGUCAAAGUUGGGGAACAACCAUUUACUUUGGCGUGGAUGCCUGAUGGAAGCGAAAUCGUUGCGGGGAGAAAGGCACGUUCCACGAUCUUUGAGUCUCUAAAGCCCAUCACCGAGCAUCACCAAUCCGUACAGACGAACCAAUGUGUUUUCGACUGGUCAGGCUCGCAUCUUUACCUCACUAAUGGUGACGGAUGUGUGAAAGUAAUGCGAUACCCGACCUUCGAAACCGCACUUACCCUCAACGCGCACACGUCCUCAUGCUUCGCGGUUACCAUGUCACCAUCAGGCGAGUAUUUAGCGGCGGGCGGUGGCGAUGCGCUCGUAUCCAUAUGGGACACGCAGGAGUGGAUAUGUGUUCGCACCUUGGACCUCACGGCUUCAAUGGUCAAAAGCGUGGAUUUCUCCUUCGACGGUAGCUACGUCACCGCUGGUGCCGACAGGGUCGAGGACAAGGAAGACAAGAAGUUACACAUCGCACAUGUCGAGUCGGGCGAGAUAGUGCACAGCAUUGAUCUGGCGCAGCCGGCGGCGCAUGUCGCGUGGCAUCCCUUCCGAUACGUGUUGGCAUAUUCGGCAGACAGUCAAGGGUUGAAGAUCGUGGGCGGUAUGGGUUGAGAGCUCGAGUCUAUGUGUAUGGGGGGUAUGGGAAGCAAAAGACAGCAACAGCAUAGAAUGGCGUUUUGGACUUCGGAAUCCGUUUGGCGAGAUACCCAUCACAUUUGGUCGGCAAUUCUUUUUUACAUCCAUGCAUAAGGCAGGCUGUAGCGAUCGGGCAACUAUGUUUCUUUAGUGUGAACAACGUAUUGCAUUCUACGAUAUGUUCCUCGCUGAAAGUUAUGAUCUGCGGACUGGUGGUAAAGGCCAUCCUCGGUGCCACUUUUUAUCAAGCUUCCACCAAGUGGUAAGCGAACGGCAACCAAGACACCUUAGUAUAGAUGACAUAGUGAUCUUCUCCGACGCUUGCCCUUUUUCAUUGUUUUUUCUUCUCAUUCAAAUAUCUCACUGCUGCAUUUUGUUGUGGAUGUACACCCGGACAAAUGACGAUACAACGCUUAUACGGAACGGUAUGAAAAAUUUGCUGUCUC